CAAACCUCUCUCAUCAGCUCCCAGUGUGCCAGUACCGUAAUUUACCCUUGCAGUCCCCUGCACGCUAACUACAGCAUGCGUCUACAGCCUCUACGGCAGAGACCGCUCAGACUUUCACAGCGGAAAACUUCCGCCUGGGCAUGAUACUCAUGCGAAACACAAGGCAGGCUGUUUUUCCAAACAUGUCUUCGCUGAACAAGCUAUUCAUUUGAGUCUUCGCACAGUCAAUCGUCACAAUUCCCAAUUCAAUGACGCCUUCUCUGUCUAUGUAGAUGUUAUUAAGGCUCCAAAUUCAAUGACUUACCGGGAUCCUGGCCCAGACGAUGAUAGCUAUCCCGUCUGCGAGGAGGCUCGCGACAUUCUCAUGAAAUACGAGCAGACUCCACGGUCACAACACCUUCCUCGGGGGCCAAUUGCCUACUAUCCCCGCAGCGAUAUCAUCCAUGUUCUAACUGAAGGAUCCCGAGCGCGGAAAGUCUUCCUCUGUAGCUGUUGGAAGUGUCGGAAACAAGCAGGCCGCCAAGGCGGCUUCGAUAAUCGCAAGAGUCGCUGGGACGAGAGAGAGCUACUUGGAGACUUCGCAACCAUCUACGCGCUGCUCAUCUACCUCAGAUGCCCUGGCCUUAUUUCUAGCUUCCGUCAAAACGGCCUGUCCCUUAGCAAAGGCUAUCUCUCUCACGACCAGUUAGAGUUUCUCGACAGGUGCGAUGAUCUGACAGCACUUCAAGCAAAGAACAUCCGCAACGAGAUCUUGCGCUCUCGGUACCAGUUCCACGUACGAAAGUUCAGCAAAAGGAAUGAAAUCAUCAUCCUUGACGAGAAAGAGACUCUGCCAAUCCAGGAAGACCAGGAUGCAGCCGGAAAGGGCGAUUUUGGGGAGGUUUAUCCCUUCAAUGUCGCUUUCGAGUACCAGGACGAAAGUUUGAAAUCCUAUCAGAGAGCCUAGAGCUUCCUCCGGGCAUUUACCCUUACGUUUUUCUAUAUAUAAUGCUAUACGCAAGGCCGUAUAUAAUGCUAUAUAAAAUGGAAAGGCUGUAUAGCUAUGCCUAUUUUAUAUAGU